GCCUCCUAAUCUCAAUCAACACUUUUUCAAGUUUCCGACCAAACUCAUGGCCAACAACAUCUUACAAGCUCACAAUGUUCGUGUUUCAGCGGGAGGAGAAAGAUAUAUAGUACUUGCACAUGGGAUGGGAAGUGACCAAUCCGUGUGGAAUAGGCUUCUUCCAUUUUUCACGGGUAUGUACCGCGUCAUCUGCUACGACCUAGCCUGUGCCGGCAGCAUGAACCCGGAUUCUUUUGAUAUUAGAAAGUACGCUACCCUUGAUGGGUACGUAGAUGACCUUCUAAACAUUCUCGACGCUCUUCAGGUUGAUCGCUGUGCUUAUGUGGGUCACUCCAUAUCGGCAAUGAUUGGAAUCUUGGCUUCCAUUCGGAGACCUCAGCUCUUCACCAAGCUCAUUCUUCUUAAUGCUUCACCCAGAUUUUUGAAUGACGAAAACUAUCGUGGGGGAUUUGAGCGAGCGCAGGUGCAGGAAAUGUUAGCAGCAAUGGAGGCAAACUAUGAGCUAUGGGUUUAUGGGUUUGCACCAGAAGCAGUGGGUGCAGACUUGCCAGAAGUCAUUAGAGAAUUCAGCCGGACUUUAUUCACAAUGAGGCCGGAUAUAUCAUUGUUUGUUUGCAGAACAAUAGUUGAGGCUGAUAUAAGGGGCAUACUAGGCCAAGUGACGGUGCCAUGUAGCAUCAUUCAAACCGCCCGGGACUCCUCAGUCCCCUUAUCAGCGGCUGAAUAUUUACGGAACCAUCUCGGCGGCCGCACCACGCUGCAGAUUUUGAACACUGAAGGCCACUUACCGCAUUUAAGUGCCCCUGCCUUAACGGGUCCAGCCAUUAGGAGAGCACUACCCCGAUAGCUUUUUCGUUAGGACAAAAAUUAAUGAAAAACCAUAUAAGAUUUAGGGUUUACUCGACUAAACCACUAUCAUAACAGCAGCGCCUCUGCUUCAUUUUCAAGUUCGGUUACGAACGUGUCAUCAAAGAACAUUUAACAUCAUUAAUCGUAUCAAAAAUAAGUAAUUCAUUAAUCAAUCACUUUGUGAAAUUCUUGUACAUUGAUUCUCAUUGACCACGUAUCCAUCGAUGGACCCAAAGCAAAGAAAGAAGAGGUGUAGAUAAUUUUUUGGAUCGUUUUUGUCUCUUUAGCCGCUUGCACUGCGUACAUUCCUUAAUUCUCAUACAUGAACCUAAUAGAACCAAG